AUGUCUGCUCAAAUAAAGGGCGUUGGGUCGUUUCAAUGCGAAUACGUCGUCCCUGACCAUGAUACACCGCAACUCCCUCGCUGGUCCGACACACACAUUGAACGCCCUGCUCUUAUAGUUACCCCAAAGACCGAGCAAGAUGUGAAGGAUGCCAUUCGUGUUGCGAAGGAGAGCAAGCUUACAAUUGUCGCUGCUGGCGGAGGCCAUGGAACGUUUGUCAGCGUGGACUCAGCAUCCUUGUACCUCGACAUGAAGCUCUUCAAGAAGAUUGAACUGAACAAGCACGAAGGAACAGUGAAAUUUGGCGGCGGUGUCCUCGUUGGAGAGGUACUGAAGACUUUGGCAAAGGAGGGCUACUAUACUCCUAUUCCCAAUUCUGAUGCCGUUGGCUUUGUGGGAAGUAUGCUUGGAGGUGGAAACAGUGCCCAGAUUGGCCGCCAUGGGUGGAUGGUGGAUAACGUGGUGUCGUUUCGACUUGUUACUGCUUCAGGCGACAUCGCUGAAGUCGAUUCUUCGUCAAGAGGCAAGGGACAAGUUCUCUUCAACGUUCUCAGUGGCGCGGGUCAUGGACUCGCACUAGACGUCGCUAUCAAGGCUUUUCUGGAUCUGAGUCACCCUCCAGCCGAAGGAUACAUGAGCUUGGCGUUUGCACGAAGUCCGCCUGGCACUCCGGCAGCUGGAUCUCCAAUCAUCAUUCUGGCAUACCAGUAUUUUGGUCCCGCUGAGCAGGCUGAGAAUGCAACAGCCUUACUCUUCCAUGACGAUGUUGUCAGCAAGACAGUUGUGGCAAACACAGAACUAUUGCCAUUUGAGAACGUCAAUGCCAAGAUGAACAUAUACAACUCCCACCACAGUCAUAAAACCAUAGCAUCGUGUCGUCUUCACAAGACCACAGCCGAAGCUAUCAAAGCUGGCUUCGAGAAAUGGCGCAUCGCAACGGAGGAAUACCCAGAUGCUCAACAAUCAAGCCUCAUCAUCUCAGCAUACAACAUCGACAGAACUUCAGCGAUCAAGAAUGAGAAGUUCGUGGAGGGCAGGGAUAGAAACAUCAACGCGUUUAUGGUAAUGGUGGCCAAAGAGGAUAAGACACGAGAGGCGUUUGGGCCAGUUCUGGAUGAUGUAGUUGCGGGUUUUAGAAAGAGUGAUGAGGGGAUGGUGCCGAGAAGUUUUCCAAAUAAUUUGAGGCCUGGAAAGGACUUGAGUGAUAUGUAUGAUAGAGAGAGGUUGGAGGUUUUGAGGGAUGUGAAGAAGACUUGGGAUGCUGAAGGCGUGUUUUGGUCGCCUUACUCCAAGACCGUUUAA